CAAAACUUGCUUCCUGGCAAACAUUACGUGCGUUACUGCUACUGCCGCUUGCUGAUGAAACAACGUCUGCCUGCCUAUGACGUGUUCUUCUAACGACCAACGAGAAGGCAGCCAUGCGCAGCACCUACGCGAACACAGCUAUUCCAAACACUUGUUAAACAAGCACAUGAAUCAAGCUCAUCUACAAGAAAUGCAAGGUGACGACGACGCCUGGUGUCGGAUUGCGGCAAAAGGGAAGGACCGUGCCGGAGUGGGCACCCCACGUCCCCAUCUUCUCCUUCCUCUUUCGUUCGAGCUCGCAAUGGAGGCUGAAAAGUCUUCGCACCAAGAUCGCAUGUACGAGAGUCUGUCAAUUAUAGCCUUUGCAAGUUUUGAGAGUCGCAUCCAUCAUACUAGGCUUGUUGGACGAAAACAAGACAUGACAAGCUUCUUGGGGAACGAGCGGCUGCAGGGGCAAUCAGCGGUCAAAAGCUUGUCUCAUGCAUAUCAAUCAUCUUCCAAUCGUCGCUGCCCGUUGAGAUCGGCAAUCGCGUGAACAUGCAGCUCUCAGCAGGUGGAGAUUCGUGGAAACAGGAUAGUGCCUUCCCAGGUCAUCUGCUUGGUAACAACAAACAUAGCCCUUUACA